UCAUUUUGACGGACCGCUUCUCGUAAUUCAUUCUAUCUAUACCCUCGUUUCGUCUUAAUAGGACUGAUCGUCGCUCUUUCUUGACGCAACGUCCAUCUGGUUGUAUAGAGAAGGUUCGCUGGACUCGAGAAAUUGAUUGUUGUUGUCGAUUUUCCGGGCACACACACACGAACAAGAAGCACUGGGAAACCUUCGACCCAAUGCAAAUGCAAGAGAAAAGGAAAAAACUAGCAAGAGAUGCCAAGUCACGGCGAUAAACGCUUAUACAUACACAAAUAGACCGCCAUGAUGCAGGGGCUCCACCAGCAGCAGCAGCAACUGGCUGCUCUACUCUCCGUCGCUCUACCCAAGGAAGAUUCCACUUCCUCGGCUGCCGCCACCACCGCCACACCCGCCGCCGCUUCAGAAGGUGGCGACGACUCGGGUCGACUCGGAGCCAUCAACUCGCUCCACCGCGCGAUCCUCUACCCGGCCAACUCGCUCCUCGUCGCCCACUCGGCCACUUUCCUCGCAGGCUUCUCUCAGCUCCUUUCCGACAAAUUGUAUUCGGUGCGACAGUCAGCAGCCAUGGCAUAUGGAGCUCUUUGUGCCGUGGUGUGUUCAAUUCCGAUCACUUCGAAUGGAAGACAAAAUCAUGUCAUGCUUGGAAGUAUGGUUGACCGGUUCAUUGGUUGGGCGUUGCCAUUGCUUAGCAAUGUAGGCCCUGGUGAUGGGACCGCGGAUUUAGCAUUGGAAGGCCUGCGGGAGUUUCUUAAUGUUGGAGAUGUUGGUGGAGUUGAGAGAUUUGCUUUGCCGAUCCUCAAAGCAUGCCAAGUUCUUCUCGAGGAUGAGAGAACCUCCUUGCGUUUGUUACACCGGCUUCUGGGUGUAUUAACCUUGAUUUCUUUGAAGUUCAGUAGAUUCUUUCAACCUCAUUUUCUCGACAUUAUUGAUUUGCUUCUUGGGUGGGCAUUGGUACCGGACCUUUCUGAAUCAGAUAGACGUGUUAUGAUGGACAGUUUCUUGCAAUUUCAGAAACACUGGGUGGGUAGUUUGCAGUUCUCUUUGGGGCUUUUGUCAAAAUUCUUGGGUGACAUGGAAGUAUUGCUUCAGGAUGGGAGUCCUGGAACACCACAACAAUUUCGGAGGUUGCUUGCGCUGCUUUCUUGUUUCUCAACAGUUUUGCAGUCCACUGCAUCUGGAUUGCUGGAAAUAAAUCUACUCCAACAAAUAAUUGAACCUCUGACCAGAAUGGUACCGCGGUUAUUGGUAGGCUUAUCAAUAGUUGGGCACAAAUUUGGAUGGUCAGAAUGGAUUGGGGAUUCAUGGAAGUGCUUGACUCUCUUGGCAGAAAUAUUGUGUGAACGAUUUUCCACCUUUUAUCCUCUUGCAGUUGAUAUUUUAUUUCAAAUCCUGGAAAUGAAUCAUGCUAAGAAACCAAUGGGAGCAGGGAAGAUUACUUCUUUUCAAGUUCAUGGGGUUCUAAAAACCAAUCUUCAGUUAUUAUCUCUGCAAAAGCUUGGUCUCCUUCCAUCAUCUGUGCAAAAAAUACUGCAAUUUGAUGGUCAGGUAUCUCACCUGCGGCUGCAUCCAAAUCACUUAGUUACUGGAAGUUCUGCUGCCACUUAUAUUUUCUUGCUUCAACAUGGGAAUAAUGAAGUUGUUCAACAAGCAUUGACCUUAGUGAUUGAAGAGCUGGAAUUGUUAAAGGCCAUGCUGGGAAAGACUUUAGGUUAUGGAGAUGGGGUUGAUAGCAUUUCAGAUGCUAAAUCCUAUUCAAAAUUUGAGUUAUUUGCACUGAUUAACUUUGACUUGAAAGUUCUUUUGACCUGUGUUUCCUUAGGUGGGCGUAGCAGUUUGGUUGGCCAACCAGACAUUGCCACCUUGUAUCUUAAUAGGUCAGAGAAGUUGGUGACUUUUAUUAUCGAGAAACUGAAUCCUUUUGAAUUACCUAUUCAGGCCUCUGUGGAGUUGCAAGUCAAUGUUAUCAAGACAUUGGAAAGGCUAACUGCAGUUGAAUUUUUAAGCAAGCAUUCUUUAAGAUAUCAGACUAAUGAAAAGGCUUCCUUGGACGUUGCUGCUGAAAAAGUCCCUGACGAUGACAAUUUCAGGGAUGGGCUUUCAGCUGUUAUCAUUGGGCAUCUGAGGAAGUAUAGUGUGUUCCUUGUCAAAGUUCUUCAUGUUUCUUCUCCUCUCACAGUUAAAGAAGCAGCCCUAGAUUGGGUCCAACGAUUAUGUGAGAGUAUUAUUGCUAUUUAUGAGAAGUCAAAUACAAACACUUAUUUCUAUGAAGCAUCUGGUUAUGUUGGGAUUCUUGGGAAUCUCCUUUUCUCAGUUUUAGAUGCUGCAUCCGACAGGGAACCCAAAGUGAGGUUGCAUGUUGCAUUAGUUUUGGAGCUGCUUCUACAAGCAAGACUUCUUGACCCCAUGUACUUGUAUCCUAUUGCUGAAGUGGUCUUAGAAAAGCUUGGUGAUCCAGAUAUUGAUGUAAGAUACACAUUUGUGAGGCUGCUUGCCAAUGUCCUUCCUACUACAAUGUAUGCAUGUGGCCUAUAUGACUAUGGAAUAUCUAUCACAUCCAGUCCUGUUAUGCUUAGGUUAGGCAAUAGCUCAAACUUGCACUGGAAGCAAGUGUUUGCCUUGAAGCAGCUGCGUCAGCAGCUUCACUCACAACAACUGGUUUCUAUUUUGAGUUACAUUUCUCAAAGAUGGAAGGUGCCUCUUUCUUCUUGGAUCCAACGGCUGAUUCAUACCUGUCAGAGGUCAAAGGACCUUGCUUUUAGUCAAACUGAGGAAGCAGGAAAUUUUGGCUCCUCUGGUGUAUGGUUGGACAUCAAAGUGGAUGAAGAUAUUCUUUUAAGAAGUUGCUCCGUCAAUAAUCUGGCUGGUGCCUUGUGGGCUGUACAUGAAGCAGCUAGGUUUUGUAUUGCUAUGCGCCUUCGGACUAAUCUUGGUGGGCCCACCCAGACUUUUGCAGCUUUAGAGCGAAUGCUUUUAGACAUCGCACACUUGCUUCAGCUUGAUGGUGAGCAAAAUGAUGGGAACUUAAGUAUGAUAGGAUCUUCUGGUGCUCACUUGUUGCCAAUGAGGUUAUUGUUGGAUUUUGUCGAGGCCCUAAAGAAAAAUGUAUAUAAUGCAUAUGAGGGCUCUGUCGUGUUGCCCUCAGCUACUCGACAGAGUUCCUUGUUUUUUCGGGCAAACAAAAAAGUUUGUGAGGAGUGGUUUUCUCGUAUAUGUGAGCCCAUGAUGAAUGCUGGGUUGGCACUACAAUGUAAUGAUGCUAUAAUUCAGUAUUGUUCUCUACGUUUACAGGAGCUCAAGAAUCUUGUGACUUCAGCUUUGAAGGAGAAAUCUAGGUCCCAGUUGGCGGAGAACCUAAUUACUAUCAGGGAUAGAUUUUAUGGAGACAUAUUGCGGGUUGUACGGCAUAUGGCGUUAGCUUUGUGUAAGAUUCGUGAACCUGAUGCUUUGAGUGGCCUGCAAAAAUGGGUUUCAAUUUCAUUUUCUUCCUUGUUUAUGGAGGAAAACAAGUCUCUCGGUCAAAGUGGGGAAACGGGACCUUUUAUCUGGAUAACUGGGCUCGUAUAUCAGGCUGAAGGCCAGUAUGAAAAGGCUGCUGCUCACCUUACUCACUUGCUUCAGACUGAGGAAUCGCUCAGUACAAUGGGUUCUGGUGGCGUACAGUUUGUUAUUGCACGUAUCAUUGAAUGCUAUACUGCUGUAUCUGAUUGGAAGUCUCUAGAGUCCUGGCUGUUAGAAUUACAAACACUCCGUGCUAAAUAUGCUGGGAAAGUUUAUUCUGGUGCUCUGACUACAGCGGGAAAUGAAAUUAAUUCAUUCCAUGCCUUAGCACGCUUUGAUGAGGGUGAUUUUCAGGCAGCAUGGGCUUGCCUUGACUUGACACCUAAAAGUAGCAGUGAGCUCACACUUGACCCCAAACUGGCCUUGCAAAGGAGUGAGCAAAUGCUUUUACAGGCAAUGCUUUUCCAAAAUGAAGGAAAGGUAGACCUGAUUUCCCAUGAAUUACAGAAGGCCAAGUCAAUGCUGGAUGAAACAUUGACUGUUUUGCCGCUUGAUGAAUUAGCAGAGGCAGCAGCGUUUGCUACCCAAUUGCACUGCAUCUUUGCCUACGAAGAAGGUUACAAGCUCAAAGGCAGCCAAGACAAAUCCAUACAACUUCAGUCAAUAUUAAGUUCAUACAUCCAAUCAUUACAGUCUCCAAUUAGUAGAUUUCAUCAGGAUUGUAACCCAUGGUUAAAAAUUCUCCGGGUUUAUCAAAACCUUCUCCCUACUUCUCUUGUUACUCUUAAAACAUGUUUGAAUAUGUUGAAUUUGGCCCGUAAACAAGGAAACCUAAUGUUGGCUAACCGUCUAAACAGCUAUCUGAGAGAUCAUGUGUCAAAUUGUCUUGAGGAGAGGCACCGGGAUUUUCUCAUCUUGAAUUUGCAGUACGAGGACAUCCUGCUAAUGCAUGCUGAACAUAAGUACGAAGAUGCUUUUACUAAUCUUUGGUCGUUUGUGCGGCCUUGCAUGGUUUCUUCAGAAUCUGUAGUUUCUAAUGCUGAAAAAAAUAUUCUGAAGGCCAAGGCUUGCUUGAAGCUCUCAGAUUGGCUUAGAAGGGAUUAUUCGGAUUUGAGUCUGGAUAUCAUUGUUCUAGAUAUGCAAGCAGAUUUUAAGAAGGAUUAUAGCUCUUUUUAUGGCCGAGGUGGACCCUCCUUUAGCAGUGAAAACCAAAGCUCUAGACCAAUUUUGGGUCAUAUUAUUGAAGAAAUUGUGGGUACAGCUACCAAAUUGUCCACUCAUCUUUGCCCCAGUAUGGCUAAGUCAUGGAUUUCGUAUGCCUCUUGGUGUUUUAAUCAAGCCAGAGACUCUCUCUCUAACCAACAUGAAUCAGUCCUUCGCUCUUGCUCGUUUUCUCCUGUGCUUGUUACAGAAAUUCUGCCUGAGAGAUUCAAGUUAAAUGAAGUUGAGAUUGCGAGAGUGAAAUCUUUGAUUUUACAGCUUUUCCAGAACAAGGGUGAUCCAAAUGGUUUUAUGGAUGAACAGAGAGAACAUAACUUUUUGAUUGAUUCUUCAGAACUUAAUUUGAGUGAGGACAAUGCUGUAAGGGCUCUGGCGCAGCAAGUAGUAAAUAUUAUUGAGGCUGCAGCUGGGGCGCCAGGGGCAGAAAACUCCAGUGGUGAAUGCCUUUCUGCUACAAUAGCUUCUCAGUUGAAGAUUUUCUUCCUAAGUGCAAACAUUGGCCUGGACGAAGUUGAUGUAUUAUCUGUAGUUGGUGAUUUACUUGAUGUUUGGUGGUCUUUGAGGAGGAGAAGAGUGUCCCUCUUUGGGCAUGCAGGUCUUAGUUUCAUACGGUAUCUAUCAUAUUCAUCUGCCAAGCUUUGCCAUGGUCAGUUGACUGGCUUUGAUUGCAAGUCUUUAAAACAAAAAACUGGCAGUUAUACCCUGAGGGCUACAUUGUUUGUCCUACAUAUUAUUCUCAAUUAUGGAGUGGAGUUAAAAGAUAUUCUGGGCCGUGCCCUUUUGACAGUUCCUUUGUUGCCAUGGCAGGAAGUAACGCCCCAACUGUUUGCUCGAGUAAGUUCUCAUCCUGAGCAAGUGGUCCGGAAGCAGUUGGAGGGCUUAUUGAUGAUGUUGGCCAAGCAAUCUCCUUGGUCCAUAGUGUACCCAACAUUGGUUGAUGUAAAUGCUUAUGAAGAGAACCCUUCAGAGGAGCUUCAGCACAUACUGGGCUGUUUGAGAGAGCUCUAUCCAAGGUUGAUUCAAGAUGUUCAGCUGAUGAUAAAUGAGCUGGGAAACAUGACUGUUCUUUGGGAGGAAUUAUGGCUCAGCACACUUCAGGAUCUUCACACAGAUGUAACGAGGCGCAUUAAUUUGUUGAAAGAAGAGGCUGUUCGGAUUGCAGAGAAUGUCACUCUAAGCCAGAGUGAGAAGAACAAGAUAAAUGCUGCUAAAUACUCGGCCAUGAUGGCCCCCAUUGUUGUGGCAUUGGAACGUCGUCUAGCUACAACUUCCCAAAAACCUGAAACACCUCAUGAAGUAUGGUUCCAUGAGGAAUAUAGGGAACAAUUGAAGUCAGCCAUCUUAAAUUUUAAGACACCCCCAGCAUCUGUAGCAGCACUUGGAGAUGUGUGGCGUCCGUUUGACAAUAUCGCGGCAUCCUUGGCAUCUUAUCAGAGAAAGUCGAUGGUUUCAUUGAAGGAAGUUGCACCACAACUAGCCCUUUUAUCAUCUUCUGAUGUGCCAAUGCCUGGUCUUGAGAAGCAUGUCACAGUAUCUGAAUCCGAUGCAAGAGUCACUACUGGUCUCCAAGAAAUUGUCACAAUUGCUUCUUUCUCUGAGCAAGUGGCUAUUCUAUCAACCAAGACUAAACCUAAGAAACUUGUAAUAUUGGGUUCAGAUGGUCAGAAGUACACAUAUCUUUUGAAAGGGGGAGAAGAUUUGCGCCUUGAUGCAAGAAUCAUGCAGCUCUUGCAAGCUAUUAAUGGGUUUCUGCAUUCAUCUCCUGCAACCUGUAGUCAUUCUCUUGGUAUUCGAUAUUAUUCUGUGACACCAAUCAGUGGUCGAGCGGGUCUGAUUCAGUGGGUUGACAAUGUGAUAAGUAUCUACAGUGUCUUUAAGUCUUGGCAAAACCGUGUCCAACUGGCACAGCUCUCAGCAUUGGGUUCUGGCAAUGCAAAAGAUUCAGGUCCUCCACCUGUUCCCCGACCAAGUGAUAUGUUCUAUGGUAAAAUCAUACCAGCACUCAAAGAGAAAGGCAUUAGGAGAGUAAUUUCAAGAAGAGACUGGCCUCAUGAAGUCAAGCGCAAAGUUCUUCUGGAUCUAAUGAAAGAGGUUCCUAGACAGCUUCUUCAUCAAGAACUAUGGUGUGCCAGUGAAGGAUUCAAAGCCUUCAGCUCAAAAUUGAAAAGGUAUUCGGGAACUGUAGCGGCCAUGAGCAUGGUGGGCCACAUUCUGGGCCUGGGGGAUAGACAUUUGGAUAAUAUUCUUAUAGAUUUCUGUAAAGGAGAUAUUUUACAUAUAGAUUAUAAUGUUUGUUUCGAUAAAGGGCAAAAACUAAAAGUUCCAGAAAUUGUUCCCUUCCGUCUUACACAGACAAUUGAAGCAGCUUUGGGGCUGACCGGAAUAGAAGGCACCUUUAGAUCAAACUGUGAAGCAGUUGUUGGUGUUCUGAGAAAGAACAAAGACAUACUCUUGAUGUUACUAGAAGUGUUUGUUUGGGAUCCACUGGUAGAAUGGACACGUGGAGACUUUCAUGAUGAUGCAGCAAUUGGUGGUGAAGAAAGAAAGGGCAUGGAAUUGGCUGUUAGUUUGAGUUUAUUUGCAUCACGAGUUCAGGAAAUUCGUGUUCCCUUGCAGGAACAUCAUGAUCUUUUAUUGGCUAAUCUACCGGCCAUUGAAUCUUCUCUUCAGAGAUUUGCUGAUAUCCUAAGUCAAUAUGAACUUGCCUCUGCUCUUUUUUUUCGAGCUGAUCAAGAGAGGUCUAACCUUAUUCUACACGAGACAUCGGCAAAGUCAUUUGUUUCUGAAGCAACUAGCAAUUCAGAGAAAACUCGUGCAUCAUUUGAAAUUCAGGCUCAAGAAUUCGCUCAAGCGAAGGCUGUUGUUUCUGAGAAAGCUCAAGAGGCAACAACUUGGAUGGAGCAGCAUGGAAGGAUCCUUGAUGCUUUACGAAGCAAUUUGAUUCCUCAAAUUAAUUCUCGUUUAAAUUUGAGUGGCAUGGAAGAAUCCUUUUCACUUACAUCUGCUGUUCUGGUGGCGGGGGUUCCAUUAACUAUUGUUCCUGAGCCCACACAAGUACAAUGCCAUGAUAUUGAUAGGGAAGUUUCUCAGCUCAUUGCUGAGUUAGAUGAGGGGCUCUCUUCUGCCCAAACUGCCCUCCAAGCAUACUCUUUGGCUUUGCAAAGAAUCCUACCUCUAAAUUACCUUUCAACCAGUGCAGUGCAUGGCUGGACACAAGUUUUGCAACUUUCUGUGAAUGCACCAUCCUCUGACAUCCUCUCUGUUGCCCGAAGACAGGCUACAGAUCUUAUGGCAAAAAUACAUGGUGAUAAUCUCGAUUCUGUCAAACGCAGGCAUGGUGAUCUCUGUCUUAAAGUGGAGAAGUAUGCAGUAGAGAUAGAGAAAGUUGAAGAAGAGUGUGCUGAACUUGCCAAUGCUAUUGGUUCAGAGACUGAAUUAAGAGCCAAGGAUAGUGUUCUGUCUGCUUUUAUAAGAUAUAUGCAGUCUGCUGGUCUUGUAAGGAAAGAAGAUGCCCUUUCUUCCAUUCAGUCCACACACUCUAAAUAUGAGGGGACAAGGGAUGCAAGAUUGCAAAGGGAGCUGGAAGAGAAGAAGGAGAAGGUGUUAUCUGUUUUGAAUGUAGCUCUUAGUUCUCUGUAUAAUGAGGUUAAGAGUAAGUUACUAGACAUGUUUAGCAAUUCUAUGAGAGUAAGAAGUGGAAACAAUAGAUUGCAGUACGAUUUUGGAACUAUUUUCUGUAAGUUCGAAGAACAAGUUGAGAAAUGUGUUCUCUUGGCAGGGUUUGUUAAUGAACUACAAAAAUUGAUCAGUAGGGAGAUACCUAGCAUCGAUACAGAUAAAGACCAUUCAAAAUAUCUUUCUGAAGGGGAGUGGGUCUUUAUUUUUAAAAGUGGUUUACUUUCCUGUAAGAGUUUGCUUGGGCAAAUGACAGAAGUUGUUCUACCAGAUGUGAUAAGAUCUGCAAUUUCUUUCCCUUCAGAAGUCAUGGAUGCUUUUGGAUUAAUCUCACAAAUCAGGGGUUCUAUUGAUAUGACACUGGAGCAGCUUCUUGAGGUUGAAAUGGAAAGGGCAUCUUUGGUUGAACUGGAACAGAACUAUUUUAUUAAAGUUGGUCUCAUUACUGAGCAGCAGUUGGCUCUUGAAGAAGCUGCUCUGAAAGGUAGGGAUCAUCUCUCUUGGGAGGAGGCAGAGGAGCUUGCUUCCCAGGAAGAAGCUUGUAGGGCACAGCUGGACCAACUACAUCGAACUUGGAACCAGAGGGAUGUACGUAGCUCUUCACUCAUAAAAAGAGAAGCUGACAUAAAAAACUCCUUGGUUUCUUCAGAACGCCAUUUCCAGUCUCUAAUUUAUGCCGACGAGGACAGGGAGCUGCAUAAAAGCAAAAUGAUACUAUCCACCCUGGUUAAGCCCUUCUCUGAAUUGGAAUCUAUGGAUAAAUCCUUGUCUCUAUUUGCUGUUUCUAGUACCUCUCACUCAAAUGAUAUCUCGGAUUUAGUGGAUUUGAUGAGUUCUGGAAACCCAAUAUCUGAAUAUAUCUGGAAGUUUGGAGGAUUGUUGGACAGACAUUCUUUUUUUAUUUGGAAAAUAUUCCUUGUGGAUUCUUUUCUUGAUUCAUGCAUACAUGAUGUAGCUUCAUCUGUGGAUCAAAAUUUAGGAUUCGACCAGCUCUUUAAUGUUGUAAAGAAAAAGCUAGAGUUCCAGCUUCAAGAACAUAUUGGUCAGUACCUGAAGGAAAGAGUUGUUCCUGCUUUUGUGGCUUUGUUAGAUAGAGAAAAUGAGCAUCUGAAGCAACUAACAGAGGCAACAAAGGAUGUUGGUCUUGAUCAAGUGAAAAAGGAUGGUGGGGCUGUGAAAAAGGUUCAACUUAUGCUUGAGGAAUACUGCAAUGUUCAUGAAACGGCUAGAGCGGCAAGGUCAGCAGCUUCCCUUAUGAGAAGGCAGGUAAAUGAGCUCAGAGAGUCUCUUCACAAGACUAGCCUAGAGAUUGCUCAAAUAGAAUGGAUGCAUGAUACCUUGACACCCUCCCAAGGUAACAAGGUCACACUUGAGAAAUUUUUUACCAGUGAUGAUAGCUCAUAUCCAAUUAUUUUAAGCCUCAGCAGAGCCAAAUUGCUGGAGAAUAUACAAUCUGCUGUGUCAAAGAUAGCUAGAUCACUUGACUGCCUUCAGGCUUGUGACCAAACUUCUGCUACAGCAGAAGGGAAGCUUGAGAGAGCAAUGGGGUGGGCUUGUGGUGGCGCAAAUUCUAAUGCAACAGGAAAUGCUUCUAUCAAGAGUUCAGGAAUUCCUACUGAAUUCCAUGACCAUUUGAUGAGGCGACGACAGUUGCUGCGGGAAACUAAAGAGAAGGCAUCAGAUAUAAUGCAAAUUUGCGCAUCAUUAUUGGAUUUUGAAGCAUCAAGAGUUGGCAUUUUCCGGUUUCCAGGAGAUAUUCAUUCUUACAGGAUUGACAGUGAUGGCAGAGCUUGGCCGCAAGUUUACAUGAAUGCUCUAACAAGAUUGGACGUUACCUAUCAUUCUUUUACACGUACUGAACAAGAAUGGAAACUUGCACAAAGCACCAUGGAGGCUGCUUCCAAUGGCUUAUAUUCUGCAACUAAUGAACUCUGCAUUGCCUCUCUCAAAGCAAAGUCAGCUUCAGGUGACUUACAAAGAACUGUCCUUGCUAUGAGAGAUUGUGCAUAUGAAGCCAGUGUUGCGUUAUCAACAUUCAGUCGUGUUUCAAGGAGCCAUACUGCCUUGACUUCUGAAUGUGGUUCCAUGCUUGAAGAGGUUCUAGCGAUAACAGAAGACCUACAUGAUGUUCACAGUCUAGGAAAUGAGGCCGCUGCAGUACACCAUUCUCUUAUGGAUGAUCUUUCAAAGGCAAAUGCUAUGCUUCUUCCACUUGAAUCACUGCUGUCUAAAGAUGUUGCUGCGAUGACUGAUGCUAUGGCUAGGGAGAGGGAGCGCAGUACAGAGAUAUCUCCCAUUCAUGGACAAGCCAUAUACCAGUCUUAUUGUCUAAGAAUCAGGGAGGCCUGUCAGAGCUUUAAGCCCUUGGUACCAUCACUCACAUUUUCUGUGAAGGGGCUCUAUUCCAUGUUGACCAGGCUUGCACGCACUGCAAGUCUACAUGCUGGCAAUCUUCAUAAGGCCCUUGAAGGACUAGGAGAAAGCCAGGAAGUAAAAUCGCAGGGAAUUAGUGCCUCUAGGGCUGAUCUUGCUGGUGAUGCUGCUGAAUUUGUGGACAAGGAGGGAGGAACCCUCUCCAUAUCCGACAGUGGAAGCACCGAAAAAUUUCUUGGUGUUAAUGAACUUUCUUUGGAAGAUAAAGGGUGGAUAUCUCCACCAGAUAGCAUCUGCAGUAGCAUCUCAGAAUCUGGCUUCAGCCUAGCUGAAGAAAACGUUCCAGAUUGCUUAAAUGACCUGACAGAUGAGAUGGGGCAGCUUUCACGUGGGUCCAGUGCCACAGGCUCUGUCAAGUCAGCAAUGAAUGAGCCAAAUGAGUAUCUCAAAGUUGUGAGAGCACCGGAUAAGGACUCAGAAGAGAAGUUUGAGGGCAAUGAUAAUAUUUUUUCAUCAAGGAAAGCUAAGAUUGAAGAUGAAGAUCGUGAAGCUCCUCUACCUAAUAUGCAUAGUAGUAGUCGAGUAGGCAGGGGUAAAAAUGCUUAUGCAAUGUCAGUUUUAAGGCAAGUUGAGAUGAAACUAGAGGGUGGAGACAUCGGUGGCAACAGGGAUAUCAGUGUUGCAGAGCAGGUGGAUUAUCUACUUAAGCAAGCCACAAGCAUAGAUAAUCUUUGCAACAUGUAUGAAGGUUGGACUCCAUGGAUUUGAAAUUGUGAAGCCUUCCUGCGUUAUAUACAAGCUGUGAUGUCAAAUUACUCCGUGCAAGAUACAUUGUCAGGGGUGUUUCAUUCACUUAUUAAGCUAAAUGACAGACACUUGAUCCGUAACAUAUGCCUGCCUACAAGGAAGCAAUAGGCUAUGCCUCUGCAACCAACACCCCCCCCGCCCCCAUCUUUGGCAUUAAAAUUUCUUGCUUUGCUCUGAGCUGUUAGCCGAGCAAACCCCAUAUUUGGCUUUACAACGUCCUGAUUUCUCCCAUAGAAUGAACCAUGGGCAUCUCAAGUGAGAUAUUUGCCACGAGUUACAAAGAGCUGCAUUGGAUGGUGCUAUCCAAGCAUGUUUGGUUUGGCCCAUGCCAUGCUUCAUGUGGUCAACAGUUGUUCAGACAGAGGACAUACUUCAAGCCCGUCCAAGACACAUCUCAUGUUAACAUGAAUUCCCUUGGAAGAUUUGCUUUUGUGACAUUACUAGGGCUUUCUCUGCCGCAUUCCAUGCAUUCAUCGCCUUCAUGCCUGACAUGGUAAGUCUUCUUGCCUGCUGCCCAUGCAGGAAACACUGUCGACGAGUUCAAAACCUAUUCUGUUGAUGGCAGGAGAGAAUGGGAUUGUGCUUUCGGCAGGAUGUUAGCUCCGGGCACCAUUCUGUCAUGAUAAAUUGUAGUCGCUCGCGUGUUUGGUAGAUCAACAGUAUCUGUAGAGGCAGUUGAAGUCCAUUAGCCAACAUCAUUUGCAUAUCGAUAAAUCACGUGUUGUAAUAUUUACUUGUUCAAUAAUAGGCAAUUUGAUUCAA